ACAUCUAAAAAGUUAGACGUACCGUUCGUUUGUAUCUACAAGAAUUUCUCAGUUCCGAGUGUUUUUUAAUGCACCUUCUUUACCGGACGUGACGUACCUUGUUGUGUUGGGUCUUCCUUUUCUGUCGUGUGGUAGCAGCCUCAGCCAUCCAAGAUGACUACAGCUGCAAGACCAACGUUUGAGCCGGCAAGAGGAGGGAGAGGUAAAGGAGAAGGUGAUUUGAGUGCUCUAUCCAAGCAGUAUUCCAGCCGAGAUCUUCCAGGUCACACCAAGAUCAAGUACAGGCAACCUACCCAGGAUGCCCCCGAGGAGGUGCGUGCCCGUGACUUCCGCAGGGAGCUGGAGGAGAGGGAGCGUGUAGCUGCACGUGAGAAGACCAGAGAGAGGGGACCAAGAGAGCACACCACAUCAUCUUCAUCUUCGUCAUCGUCUUCAAAGAGGCCCAGGCUGGAUCAGAUCCCAGCAGCCAACCUUGAUGCAGACGACCCUCUCACUGAUGAUGAUGAGGACGAGGACUCCGAGGAGGACAGUGAUGACGACGACACUGCAGCUCUUCUGGCAGAACUGGAGAAGAUCAAGAAGGAGCGGACUGAGGAGAAAGAACGCAAAGAGCGGGAGCAAAAGGCAGAGGAGGAGAGGAUUCGCAUGGAGAAUAUCUUGAGUGGCAAUCCAUUGAUUAAUUUGGCUGGGCAACAACAACAACAACAACAACAACAGAUGAACCAGAAUCAGAAUACAUUCAGGGUCAAGAGAAGGUGGGAUGAUGAUGUUGUGUUCAAAAACUGCGCCAAAGGAGUGGAUGAGGCACGGAAAGAGAAACGCUUUGUCAACGAUACGCUGCGCUCUGAGUUCCACAAGAAAUUUAUGGAGAAAUAUGUAAAAUAAAGGACUUGUUGUGUGUUAAUUUUAUUGUUUGUAUUUUUUUUUAUUUCAUUUGACAGUGCCCUCUUUGGUCUUCUCCUUCCAGUUGGUAAAUGGAAUUCAAAUACAGUCUGCAUUUAUAUGCAUUAGUCUUUGUACAGUCAACUGGUAAAAUGUUGUAUAUAAAUGAGUUGAUGAGUCACAUUCUUAGAGUAAAGCUCAAAAUGUGGAUUUAAUUGUCAAAUGUUAUUCAGCAUUCUGUAGGUUUUUCUUUUUUUCCCACUGAUUUCAAUAAACAAAGACUUGUGUUUUA